AUGAGGCAGAACAAUCAGUCUUCCUUUGCUGACUUCAUCCUGGAAGGACUCUUUGAUGACUCCCUCACUCAUGUCUUUCUUUUCUCCUUGACCAUGGUGGUCUACGUUUUUGCAGUGAGUGGCAAUUCCCUUACCAUUCUUCUCAUCUUUGCUGACUCCCGGCUCCACACCCCCAUGUACUUCCUGCUCAGUCAACUGUCCCUCAUGGAUCUGAUGUACCUUACCACGACCAUCCCCAAGAUGGCUACCAACUAUCUCACAGGCAGGAAGUCCAUCUCUUUUGUAGGCUGUGCAAUCCAGCACUUCCUCUAUUUGUGUGUGGGAAGUGCCGAGUGCAUUCUUCUGACUCUCAUGUCCUAUGACCGUUAUGUUGCCAUUUGCCAUCCACUGCGUUAUGCUGUUCUCAUGAACAGGAGGGUGGUUCUGAUGAUGGCCACCAUGUCAUGGUUGGGAGCAUCCACAAACGCUCUUAUUCAUACCUUGAUCUUGAUGCACUUUCCUUUCUGUGGGUCUCGCAAAAUCCACCAUUUCUAUUGUGAGUUUCCAGCUGUUGUGAAGUUGGUAUGUGGAGACAUUACUGUUUAUGAAAUGACAAUUUACAUUAGCACCAUUCUGCUUCUUCUUAUUCCCAUUCUCCUGGUCUCUACAUCCUAUGGUUUCAUCCUCCACAGUGUCAUUCAGAUGCGAUCUGCUGGAAGUAAGAGAAAUGCCUUUGCCACUUGUAGUUCUCACCUUAUGGUGGUUUCUCUUUGGUUUGGUGCCUGUAUCUUCUCAUAUAUGAGACCCAGGUCCCAGCGUACUCAACUUCAAGACAAGGUUGGUUCACUGUUCUAUAGCAUCGUUACUCCCACAAUGAAUCCUCUGAUUUAUACUCUUCGGAAUAAGGAUGUAGCUAAGGCACUGAAGAAAGUGCUGGGGAGGGAUGUGAUCAGUCUAAGACCAUAA